ACUAGCACCAACUUCCCGUACUGGUACACUUUUUCCUCUUGAAAACCUUAUUAAACGGACCGGUGGACGUGCUCUUUUGUUUUCUCCUGGCUGUUUAUUAUCUAAUUCACCACAUACAUCUCCUGUUCGCCCGUUUUCCGCGCUUUUUUGUCGUUCCGUCAGUCAGUUUCAACACAAACGGAACUGUCUUUUACCACACAUUCAUCAAAAUCUUUUCACAAUGUCAUUCUCAUCGUCGGUUACAAGUUUGCUGAGCAUUUCUACUCCUCCUGCUCAUUAUUUGGCUCAGAAUCCUCUGAAUCGUUUGAGUUUUAAGCGUGAAGAUAAGGAGUUUUUACGAAAGGCAUUCACACAUCCUACUACCAAGUUUCUUCCUUUUUACAAACUUGAUCCAGCUGUCUGUAAGAACACUGGAGAGCUUCACUACAUCUCGCUGGCAGAUGUUCGCCCAUAUCUCGCAGAACAUCCAAUUGAAAAACCCGAAAAAGACUACUUGGAAGCGGCAUUAGAAAACAAAAAGCUGGCGCCCGUUACCAUCUAUCUCGGAACAAGCAGCUUAGGAGACUCGGAAAAAGAAUGGGAAGCCGGUAACAUUUUCGCAAUCGAUAUCUCUUCGUUAGAUGAUCUGCACAAGCGACUCGGUGAAUCGGGUGUCGUGUUUCAAAACUUUCGCUCCUUACUGGUUACGGGCACGAUUUCCAUUGAGUCCUUUGGAAUAUGUUCCUUUGCUCGUUCACUUCUCGAUUGGAAUAAUAGAUUUAUGUAUUGUCCUGGAUGCGGCGGACCUCAAGUGGCUAGUCUUGCGGGAACGAAACGCAUUUGCGUUCAAUCCGCCCUCGGUCGAGCAGAUUGUCCUUCCAAACACGGUGUGAACAACUACCAAUACCCUCGCACGGAUCCGUGUGUCAUCAUGGCUGUAUUGACCCAUGACAAGCAGCGAAUCCUGCUUGGACACGGAAUGCGUCUUCCUCCUGGAAUGUUAACAUGUCUUGCUGGCUUCAUUGAACCCGGCGAGAGUAUCGAAGAAGCUGUUCGUCGGGAAUCGUACGAGGAAGCUGGAAUUACUGUUGAGAAAGUGAUGUAUCAUUCCAGUCAGCCAUGGCCGUUUCCUCAAAGUUUGAUGAUUGGAUGCUUUGGCAUUGCAAAAGAAGGCUCCGUAAUUUCUCGUGAUAAGGAUUUGGAAUUAGACGCAGCAGAUUUCUUUACACGGGAACAAGUCCGUGAGGUAAUUAAUUGGGACGCUUCAAAAGGAGAUGCUCUUUUCAAACUCCCUCCUCCCACUUCUAUUGCUUAUCGACUUAUACGCGCCUUUGCUUACGACCAAUGGGAUAUAUCUGGAUCUACGAUUAAAAUAUAAAACAGACAAGGGUGUUGAUCGUGAAAUUCUAAAGCUCGUUUUUCUCCCUUCGUUCUUUUGGUCAUCCUUUUGAUAAUUGUUCGUCUUCAAUUCUCAUGCAAAAGGUAUUCAUUUCCUUGCACAUUCAUGGAUAAUAAAAAUCAACCGGCGAUAUUCAUUCCAUUUUUUAUGAGUGCUACUACAUUCCACAAAAAUAUACUCUUUAUAGAAUUUGAUAAUUGACUUCUACUCGGCUAAAGGGGGUUCUUUCCACGAAAGGUUUUCUUGGUGAACAAUGAUACAUAAUUCUCGGUAACUCUCUUGGGAUAAAUCUUUGUUCAUACAAACACACACACACAUGUUUGAUCAUUCCACGAACUCAUUGAAGCCUGUUAAAUACCACUAACGACUUAGACCUUCGAAAGGUCGAAUUAGCCAAAAGUUCAUAUCAUAGACUUCCCAUAUGCUUACUCACUUACUUUAAUCAUUUCAAACUCAAAUACCCUCAUAUGUCUUCACACAGAAAAAGAAUGACUUGGUAUUACUUUGUACAACUUGUUCAUGUUUGAUGAUUGGAAUAAAAUAAAAAUAUAUGAUAACUCAUAAGAAGAAAAAUAGAAAAUUAAAGCGCACUAAACAUUGCUACUUGUUUCCCGUCAUUAAUUCAUUGGACCUUUCCCGCUUCGCCUUUUUCCACAGCAGUACGGUGACAGCUUUUCGUACACUCCGUCCAGUUUCUUCUAACGCACGAAGUAAGUCCUCCUCUGUAGCACCAACAUACUCAAGAAGAUCAUCAAGCACUGCGUCUGUAGAAUCAGGCAUAAACUCUGUGACAACAUUCGACGAAUCUGACACACUGCCACACAGUGAUGGUAACGAGUCUGGAUGAACAAGAGGAGCUGAUGAAGCAGUAUUGGAGCCUUCAGAGAGUGCAGGAACUGGUUCUAAUGGCGCCGGCUGCGUCGAUGCUGCUGCGACACUCACCGGAAUAUCCGAGACUGCCUCAUACAAAGCAAUAGUAUUGGGCUCCGCAACGGAUGAUGAUGUUUGCGACGAUGAUGUCUCCACGACCUGUUUUCUGGGAGUGAUGGAAACGGAAGCCAAAAUGUUUCGAAUGGUAGGCUCUUUCGAUAGCCGACGAGGUUCGGGGGUCUUUUCAAUACGUGUUUCAGAUAAAGAGCUAUUCUCUUCCGAAACGGAUGCACCUUGUGAAGAUACAGAUGCUUCCGGUGCAGUCUCAACCGAAGGUGUUUCGGUGUUCGGUACAUUAGGCAGACGCUCUGAAGCAACUUCAGAACUUUGGGAGAUAUGCGGUAAGUCUGAUUCUUCGGUUGAUUUACUUGGUGGACGCACAGCAGCGGCAAACUCAUCAUCACUUUCGAGCGGUGGUAUAUCCAACUCCUCAUCCGGUUGCAAAAACCCCUCUUUGACAUGUUCGGCAGCGAGAGCUACCGCCUUUUGUGCCGCCGUAGUUGCUUUUCGAAGAGGAGAAGGUCGUGUCAAGGAUGGCAGCGACGAUGCUGAACUUUCUUCCGAUGAGGACCCUGGUAUGAGCGGCAACUCGGGCAAUGGUGCACUUUGUGAUUGUCCUGGCGUCGUCUGUUUGUGUUCAGGCGAGAGCUUACGUUCACUUGUUGGAGCCUGUAAACUCGUUUCUUCAAGUGGAGCCGCUCUCUUUUGAGGGGUGGUCGUUUCAUUAGUCACGUUUUCUGCCUCCGGUCGUUGCCGCGUGGACGUUGAAUCCGGGACAUUUCCAUUUUGAUUUGUAGCGACAGCCGGACUAGCAUGUUUC